AUGUCCGAGUUCCAGAGCAAACCAUCGACUGUCACCAAGCGCAGGCUUAGCGGCUUUGGGGGCACUACCACCUCCACCGCGUCCCCCCGCCAUGCCCACGCACAGCUUACACCUAUGUAUGCGGGUAUCGCCGCUAAUAUACUAUCAGAUGGUCUCACCGUUGAAGUCGGAAUCUCCAUUCACGACGGCUCGUAUACCAUCGACUACUGCACUGACAAGAUCAAGUGCACUCAACACCCGUCCAAAGCCCCAGGCGUGGUUGAGAACUACGUAAUCAAGUCAAUCAUGCAAUUUUCCACCGACCAUAUGCUCAAGUUUGUUGCCUGCGGUCUCACGCAAUUCCUGGCCGACCUCGCACCGAACUUGUGCAACCGUCUAUGGCUCGAGCUCGACAUGGUCCCCAUGCUCUUCCCCGUGCGUUUGACCAACAAGCCUCUGAGGCCCGGUCUCCCACUCUCUCGGACUGGCACUACCCCGGGUCCCGAAGGCGGGGCAGAACAACCCAAGGAAGAGUCAUUGCUCAAGUCUGUCACAGACACACUCAAGGGGACUUCGCUCAACGUCGCUGGUAAAGCGACCCCUCGUGCAGUCGACGAACAGGCCGACUCGGCCGUCCGGAAGUGUGUUAUGUACUUUGGUCCUACUCACAACCCUCGUUUGUCGAUUGGUUAUCGUAAUGAAGUCGAGGUCGAUGCGGCUGGCAAGAUCCACUUGCUCGAUGGAUUGGAUGUCUACCGCAAGACGUGUCGCCAACCUACCUGGAACGCGGUGAUGCACUAUGCGAAUGACCUCAGGGACCGUGGAGUAAAGCUUGGCUUCUUUUCGAGUACCCCACAGGGUGGGGGUGUCGCCCUCAUGCGACACGCCUUGAUUCGAUUCUUGACUAUUGUUGGAGUCGAUUGCAAGUGGUAUGUGCCGAAGCCGUCGCCAGCGGUGUUCCGUACGACCAAGAACAACCACAACAUCCUGCAAGGUGUUUCUGCGCCAGACGUCCGUUUGACCAAGGAACGCCAGGAAGAAUUCACCGCCUGGAUCGAGUAUAAUGCCCACCGGUACUGGGUGAGCGAAGGUGGUCCGCUGGCACCUGGGGGUGUAGAUGUCGCGUUUAUCGAUGAUCCUCAGAUGCCCGGCCUCAUCCCACUCAUCAAGAAAGUCCGACCGGACCUGCCGAUCAUCUAUCGAUCGCAUAUCGAAAUCCGUUCCGAUCUCGUGCACAAGGAAGGUUCGCCCCAAGCAGAAGUAUGGAAGUACUUGUGGGACAGGAUCCAGCAUUGCGAUUUGUUCAUCAGCCACCCUGUGAACAAGUUUGUGCCCAAGGAAGUUCCGGCUGAAAAGUUGACGCUCUUGGGUGCGAGCACUGAUUGGCUGGACGGUCUCGGUAAACCACUCGGAGACUGGGAUCUCGACUACUACAUGAACCUCUUCCGUCGCCAAUGCGGUGAAAUUCGCCAGAACCGGUUGCACUGGCCCGACCGUCUGUACAUUGCGCAGAUCGCGCGCUUUGACCCGUCCAAGGGUAUCCCGGAUGUGAUCGAUUCGUUCUGCAAGUUGAGGAGACGACUAGACGAGGUCUUGCCCGCGAAUCGGACGCCUCAGCUUUUGAUCUGCGGACAUGGAGCGAUUGAUGAUCCCGAUGCGAGCAUCAUUUUUGACGAAACGAUGGCACUGCUCGAGAGACCAGAGUACGCACCUUACUCCAACGAUAUUGUCGUAAUGAGGAUCGGACCAAGCGACCAAAUGUUGAAUGCCCUUCUCUCAAACGCCACCGUCGUCCUCCAACUUUCCCUCCGCGAAGGUUUCGAAGUCAAAGUCUCCGAAGCACUUCACCACGGAAAGCCGGUAAUCGCGACACGGGCAGGAGGAAUCCCUCUCCAGAUCCAACACGGCAAAUCCGGAUACCUCGUCGACGUCGGGGACACCCAGGCCGUCGCGAACCACUUGUACGAUCUCUGGACGGACCGCGAGCUCUACAGCCGCAUGUCCGAGUUUGCGCGGAACAAUGUGUCGGACGAGGUCGGGACCUUGGGGAACGCGUUGAGUUGGCUGUAUUUGGGUAGUAAGUUUAGUAAAGGCGAGUUUAUCAAGCCCAACGGUCAGUGGUUGAACGAUCUUGCGCGCGAGGAGGCUGGGGAGCCGUACAAGGAGGGAGAGCCGAGGUUGCCUCGGGCUGGGUUGAAUGUGGUUGGGUAG